GAUGUUUUGAACAGUAUAAAACUUCCCAAAAAGCGAAUAUAUGCGCACAAAAUCGUUAACGUCUGAAUUUGGAGAUGGCGUUGCUGUUGUUCAGAGUUGCUGUGACGACAUUAGCCGUCUCUGUUGCGUUGGGUUGCACUCCGAUUGAUAAAGUAGACCAAGGUGAUUUCUGCUUUGCAAACUACGCAUUUGAAGCCAACAUCACUUCGGUUAAACAAGCUGACGAGUACUCCAAUUACGAAUAUACAAUUGAUAUCAAGAAAGACUAUAAGAAAAACAAAGCAAUCGACACGAUCCAGAUUAUAUCUGGUUUUGGUCCCUCCCAUUCUUGUGGUCCUCAAAUCCUUGAUAUUGGAACUUCCUACUUAAUUUACGCCAAAGACCUGCGUAUUAUUACCUAUAAAAGUAUGGCGAAUGUUGUUGGCACUGAUAUUGAGAGAAUCACUACCAAGUACGACUGCACCUGUACGAUUAAGUUCGACUUUGACAAAUAUAUUCAAAUGCAGACCAUUAGUCUUCCACCCACUACUACAGAUGAAUGCAACGCUCCCCUGGAUUACUGCAGAAGGAGUGGUUAUUGUAAGAGGGACCAGGGCGGUGGUUGUACCUGGGGAAACCUGGGCGUGUGUAACUAACGCGUACGAUAAAUAUAUUCUUUUUUUUUUUUUUUUUUUUAGAAGUCUUGAUUAUCUUUUCUUAUAUAUAGAUCCACCGUGACCUUUCCGUCUCAAUGAUAUCAGUCGAAGGCUAAUAUGAUGGAUAUGAAAAGGUGAAGAUAACGAACAGUGAUCAAUCUCAAAAUUCCUUUAAACCUUUAAAGAGUACAAAAUUAACAGUAGGGCAAACAUGAUCCCUGGAACACCAGUGGUGAGAUCAGGUGUUUAGGGGGAGAAAGCAUCCCCGGUUGACCGGUCAUACUCGCCGUGAGCUGUAUAUCUUGAUCAGGUAAACGGAGUAAUCCAAAUCAGCAUGUAAAGGGUGACUUAACUGUAGUACGGAUUCGACAAAGUGAUAUCUUGUAUUUGCAAAUUAUAACAGUAUUACGACUAUGGAAUUUGUGAAAUGCUAGCUUUAAAACCCCUGUAACAUCAACUUAUUUGUAAGUAGCAUGUCUCUAUUCUAAAAUUGAUCAUACACAGAACAUCGUAACACAUUACAUCCCCUUCUUAUUCAUCGUAAUGAACGCUGAUUGGUGGAGAGAGGUCCGUUUGCUCUGUGUAUGGGUGUGAGAGUUUCAAGUGAUGCGACUAGCUGGUAUUUGUGAGUGAUCUUGUAAGUUGCUUUACCGGUUUUGGUGCUAUAUAAGCAUAAUUCGCGCCAACCCCAAACCAUCCGGCACUCCUAGCCAAAUAGUGAUUUGAGUAUAAAGAAAGACAGACGGAGAGGUGGAUAGAGGAAGAGGCAAAAAGGGAAAGACAAAAAUAUAGACGACUAUUUUGUUCUCGUAUUCACAUUCUAUUUCUUUCUAAUUGUCUGUCUUGCAAUGAUCCCAUAUCUUCUCUGAACAUUGACCCAUCUUAAUUUUGAAAUUAGAAAUCGAAGCCUCCAUAGCAAUGUGCAUACAUCGUAUGCACAGUACAUUCAAUAAUCCGGCGGAAAGAUUAUUAGUAACACGGUGUACCAGUGUAUUCCCAUAAUAAUAGGGAUACCCCUUGUAUCGGCGUAUAUAUAAUCACUCCCAUGACAAUAUGUUCCGUGUCUGUGUAUAUAUAAUUAAUAAUCACAUGAUAUUAUGGACAUACAAAGUACCUGUGUAUUAUAAACAAUAUUAUUAUCCUUCAGAAUAAUAGUCAAUUUCAUUGGUCGAGGGCUGGGCACGUGGAGGGAGACAAUUCGUAAUGUCUCCCUCACGCGCAGGGUGACAACUGUGUUGUCUCCCUUUAGAAGAUAACUUUUAAUGGCACAAGCGAGAAAGCUCUAAAGAAUAAUUGAAAAUAUGCGGGAUCGUUAAUCAUAAACUUCAGCGUCAACAUUAACGCUCACAAAUAACAAUCGAGAAGAAAAAUAUUUCCAUUCUAAUGCAAUUUUGCAUUUCACUUGAUGUUUACGUUUUAGUCUUGAAAUACGUUACGAAAUGUUUACGUUUGCCGUUAUGUUUUUGCGUCAUUCUACUGUGACGUCACA